AUGACAAAUAUGAGUGUGGACCGAAAAGCUGCUGCCAGACGUGUAAAAGCGAAUCUGACCAGUCCACUGGAGAUGAAGAAUGCAAAGGGUAGGUUAAUCCCACGUAACAUCGCAAAACCGUACUGUGAAAGACAUGAUGGCGCUCAGGUAAAAAAAACGCGUGUGCCCAAAACGAAGAUUCCGCAUGUCGUUGAGCAACAGAGGAAUAAGUCCCAAGUCAAUCCGAAAAUGUCUUUAUAG